GGACAUGGCGGCCUCCGGCUCAGGGCUGUGCCUUUUCGACGUGGACGGGACUCUGACGGCCCCGCGGCAGAAAAUUACCAAGGACAUGGAGGACUUUCUGCUGGCACUGAGGCAGAAGAUCAGAGUUGGAGUGGUAGGCGGGUCAGACUUCGGAAAAGUGCAGGAGCAGCUGGGCCGGGAUGUGGUUGAGAAAUAUGAUUAUGUGUUUCCAGAGAAUGGCUUGGUAGCAUACAAAGAUGGGAAACUCUUGUGUAAACAGAGCAUUCAAGGCCACCUGGGUGAGGCCCUGAUCCAGGACGUCAUCAACUACUGCCUGAGCUACAUCGCAAGCAUUAAGCUCCCCAAGAAGAGGGGCACUUUCAUUGAAUUCCGGAACGGGAUGCUGAAUGUGUCGCCCAUUGGAAGAAGCUGCACCCAGGAAGAACGCAUUGAGUUCUACGAGCUUGAUAAAAAAGAAAAUAUAAGACAGAAGUUUGUUGCAGACCUGAGGAAAGAGUUCGCAGGCAAAGGCCUCACGUUCUCCAUAGGUGGCCAGAUCAGCUUUGACGUCUUCCCUGACGGGUGGGAUAAACGGUACUGCCUCAGACACGUGGAACAUGACGGCUAUGACACUAUCUAUUUCUUUGGAGACAAGACCAUGCCAGGCGGAAACGACCAUGAGAUCUUCACAGACCCCAGGACCGUGGGCUACACCGUGACGGCGCCCGAGGACACACGCAGGAUCUGUGAGAGGCUCUUCUUUUGA